AUGGCUUCUUUCCUGCCACCGUCCUCGCCCUCACCCAGUAACGAUGCACCAGUUCGGAUUGCAGAGCACCUGAAGUGCUCCAUCUGUCUGGACCUGCUGGAGAACCCUGUCACCACCACCUGUGGUCACACCUUCUGCGCCGUCUGCCUGGACCGUCACAGACACUACAAUGAUCUGGUGUGUCCGCUCUGUAAGAAACUUCUGCGAGUCAGGCCAGAUGUGAACGUGAUUCUCAGAGCUCUGGUCGAUGAGCUACAAGAGGCCAGACGUCCAAACCCUGAUGAGUUCACGGGAGCUCCAGGAGAAGUGGUGUGUGACGUCUGCAGUGGAAAUCGGAGGCUGAAGGCUGUGAAGUCCUGUCUGGUGUGUGUGGCAUCUUAUUGUAAUUUGCAUGUGGAACAGCACCGGUCCACACCACGGCUUAGAGGCCAUCAUCUGGUGGCCCCAGUGGAGGAACUGGACCAGAGGGCGUGUCUGACCCACGGUCGACCCCUGGAGCUGUACAGCUGUGAGGAGGGAAAAUGCAUCUGUGCUCUGUGUGUGCAGGAGGGCAGGCAGGUUGUUCCCAUAGAAACAGAGAGGAACAGGAGACAGGAGGAGUUGAGAGGCAUUAAAGAGAACAUGGAAAAGAUGAUUCAGGAGAGAGAAGACAAAGUCAAAGAAAUUGAGUGGGCAGUGGAUCAGUGUAAGACUCAGAUACACAGAGAGAAGGAGGAGAUUAAGGAGGUAUUUGAGGCUUUGAUGGCAGCAGUGAAGGAGGCCCAGAAGGAGGUGCUAGAACCUUUUGAAGAGAGGGGGGCAUGCUUAGAAGAGGAGGUUGUGGAGCUGACCACCGAACUGAAGAGGGAGAUCAGGGAAUUCAGAGAGGUCAUCGCUGUGGUGGAUCGAAUCACUUAUGUUGAAGACCAUGUUCACUUCCUGCGGAGUUACCCAUCGAUGCCUGAGAACUGUAGAGAGUUGACAGAUGUGGCCGUUAAGGCUGAGCUAAGUUUUGGGUCCAUGCAGAAAAGCUUGGUGGUCAUGAGAGCUAAGAUUGACGCAGAACUUGAGAAACUCUCCAGCCUUGAAAUUGGGAGGAUCAGGAAGUUUGCAGCUGAUGUUACUUUUGACCCAGAUACAGCAAAUGCUCAGCUAGUUCUGUCAGAUGAUGGAAAGGAAGUGAGGGAUGGAUGGAUAAAACAAGACAUCCCAGACAACGAUGAAAGAUACGACUUGUUUGGCUGCGUCCUGGGUCAGAAUCGGCUGACCUCUGGCAGGGCUUACUGGGAGGUUGAUGUCUGGGAAAAGACAGGAUGGGAUCUGGGCGUGGCAGUUGAGGAUGCCAACAGGAAGGGCAAGAUCUCCCUAAAACCCAGUCAGGGUUACUGGGCCAUUGUGCAUUGUAAUGAGAGUCUUUACUGUGCACUUGAGGAUCCUCCUGUCCGUCUCCCCAUCCCAGAGAAAGUCCAGAAAGUGGGGGUGUUUGUGGACUAUGAGGAGGGUCUGGUGUCCUUCUAUAAUGUGGAGGCCAGAUCACAUAUUUACACCUUCACUGACUGCAACUUCAGGGACAUUCUCCGCCCAUAUUUCAGCCCCCAUUUUUGUCAAAGUGGGAGAAACUCAAGUCCAUUGGUCAUCUGUCAUGUCAGUCAAAAUGACUGA